CCACAGAGCUCGAGUGUGUCCAAAACAGAGAAAAUGAGAUAUUUGUUGGGUUCGAUUCAAAACCCUAAUAACCCAUCCUUGAUGGGGAUUCCUGAAGGUGUAAGAUCCACAGAUUGUAAUAGAAAUUUCUCAAGUAGACGCCAAAGACUCAAUUUUGAUUCUCAAGUUUUAUGGUUGUCUCUGGUUGUUUUUGAGGAUUGGGGAUGGAUAAACAACAAUUAUAGUGGUUGUGGGUGUUUGAGGUUUUCUCUGGUAAGGCAAAAUACAACCCUAAAAGGAGGGUGAGGUUUAGGUUCAGGUAUUAUCUUUUUUCUGAGCUGGGUUUCUCUCAGACAUGGUGGUUGAGCUUUGUCUGAUGGCCUCUUCUACUUCACCUCCUGGGCUUUUUCACCAAGAGCAGGGACUUUGCAGGAAUUACAUAGGACGUACGCAGUGCAUGAGGUUCCCACCACUCUGGGGUCUGGGGAGGGUCAUAAUGUACGUUGCCUUACCCACACUUCAUGGAGAGGUUGUUUCUUGACUCGAACCUGUGACCACUUGGUCACAAUGGAGCAACCUUACCAUUGCACCAAGGUCCGUCAUCUACAAAGAAGUACAUAGGAGUUUCAACCUUUUACGCCAAUUCCUGGGACAAAACAGCAGAUGAUAACAUCAGGUUGCUUUCAGACAAGGCCACUUCAGCUUGAAGAUGCAUGGAAAUCCAAAAUUCAAGUUGAUGUGCAAGAAAGUCGCCCUGACUUAGUUCUCUUCAGCUUUGGGAUUGCUGAACAGUGUAGAAGGCGUGAAAAGAUUUUGCAGUUCCUCAUGUCUGGAUCAAGCAGAGCAGAAAGAGAUGGGCUGGACCUUUCUCUUCUAUCUGAUUUGAUGGGUCUUCAAAUGUUGGCAAUCAACAUGCAUUCACAGCCAUAUGCUUCCCUUGAUGAUGGAUUUUGUCUUUAUGAGGUUGGGGACUAUCAGGCUCAGCCUCCCAUUUUCUACCCAAAUGGGGGCUAUAAUGUGCAGAAACCUCUCUUGGAUUUUGUUGGGGAUUUGGUCCGUAGUUCAAAAGUCACAUUUCACCCAGAUGGUCGAAUCCUGUUGACAGGCACUGGGGUUGAGAUGAAAGAUUUACUAUCAGUUGUUGCUGAGUUUUACUUGUCAAAGAGUACAACUACAUUCAGCAGGCAACCGCUGCUGGUACCCCACUUUCCCAGGGUGGACAGGAAUGAGGCACCUAGUGUCCAUGGAAAUUCUCUCAAGUUAGAAACUCUUACAGUUGCUCCUCUAAAGAGCCCUGAGAAAAAUAAGCGAACUUCAUCACCAAGGAAGAGGAACAAUAGGAAGAUAGGGAGGGGAAGGGAUCUAUACAGGAAGAACUACUUCCAUGCAUGUGAGAGCCUUCUAACCUUAGUUCUGGAGAAGAAGCAGGGGAAGACUGCAAUCAUGUCACUCAAGAAAUCAGGGCCCGAACUGCCACAGCUUCUAAAUCAGUUUUCUGCUGGAAUUGCUGGAACUGGUCUUGCUGUUAUCUUCUCGGUCGCCUUUAAGGUUGUUGGUGGGAGGGUUCCCUUCAGUGCAUCUAAACUCUUGAAUACUGGAGUUGGGUUUGGGCUUGUUUGGCUCUCGUGGGCAGUGAACAGACUUCGAGACACAAUCUUUUAUAUCAGUAAGAAUUCAAGCAAAUUGGGGUCAAAAGAGGAUGAGAUGAUGAGGAGAGUAAACAGAAGCAUGAAUGAGAUUUUCUUCAGGGCAGCAACUAUUAUGGUGGUGACACUAGUGAAGUUUGUGUGAGAGCUAAGAAGGUAAGAGAGAGGUCCACUCAGUGAAACUUGAGGUGAGGCUAGUUGAAGCUUGAUACCGUGGCUGUAAUGUUGCAGUUUUGGGCUAGCUGAUCAAGCUUCAUAUUGCGGCAGUCAAUGUUGUUAAUAGGGGUUGAUUUCUGGGACAGUAAUAUAGUCUCAACUCUCUCUUAAGUUGAAAGAGCUUUGUACAAAAUACAAUAAAGCUUUGUAAAUUUCAGGUAAAGCUAAUUCUUCCUCAGGCAUUUUGACAUUUUGUUGAUUGUCAAGGGACUUAAAAAAGAGUUUCAGUGCA